UUUAAAUUCUCAAAUUGUAUAUUUUAUUUCUCUAAUCAGUUUUUACAUUUUUCGAAUUCAACAAGAAAUGUGCAAUUCCCCAGGCUUUUCGGUCAGCAAAUUUUUUAUCGAAUAAGGUGGGGAAUUUAACGGGGGAAAUAUUGUUGAAUAGUGUCACAGAAGAAAAAAGGAACAAGUAGAAGAAAAAAGAAGCUUAUGGUGUCAGAUGCUGGUGCGGAGUAUUGAUUAUAAGCAAAAUAACCGCGCAAACUCUCUGCUAAGCUGAAUGAAUGACGCGUUAUACAUAUGGCACCGACAAUUCAUAAACGUUACAAGUGUUUGAUAAAGCUGUGAAUACAUCAGCUGGUUUUUAUUUUCUACAAUGACAAAAAUGAAAUUCAAACUAUUUCGUUCGACUUUCUUGCUACCAUUUGGAAUGCUCAUUAGUCUCACAACUGGGGAACUUGAAUUUUAUCAAGAUGCGGUGCCAAAAAUUCCCGAAGAAAUUAAAGAAUUUACAUUAGAGGAAAUUGCAAGAUACUUUGAUGUACCAAGUAGUCAUCAGCGUAGAAUUCAUUUGCCCUCGCACAUGAAUCAAAGAUCUCAGCGAGAUCAUCAAUUGGAUUAUUUGCUUCAUAAGCGAAAUUUCGAGACACGAGAUGUGCCGAAUUUAAUUGAAUUAUUGCAGAAACAAAAUUUAAAUCCACUAGACUACAUUCAGCAAAUUCAUCGUAAUGAUUUAUCGUCUGCCAGAUACAUUGCAAAUUUGGAUCGUUACCCCGAGUACGAUUCAUUCAAGAAAUCAAUAUUUGAAAAAGACAUGGAGGAACGGCUUUUAAAUUAUCCGGGGAAAUUGGUGAAAAUGCAUGAGGGUGGAAAUAUUCGGGAACCAAAUGAAUUAAGAGAGCGCUACGAGAAAAUGCCUGAAUUCACUUAUGCCUUUGGCGAACCAGAUCUCAAUGAUGAAUAUCCUUUUGCGGUUAGACCAAAUGAUCCUCGUUACUAUCAGGAAACGCCUUUCACUCAUUUCGCUGAUAAUAAUGAUGAUGAUGAUGAUGAAGAAGAAGACAAUGAACGUGAACACCAAAAUUUGCCAAUGAUUCAAGAACCAAAGAGAAUGCUUUCUUCAUCUAAUAAUCCAUUGAUUUUAUCUGUCGAAAAACCAAACAAUGAUGAUAUCUACUUUAUUGCUGUUGUCGCUGGUUGCAGUGCAGCUGCAAUGUUUGCUGUUGUUCUGAUCAGUUUAACAUGGUGCAGACUUCAACGAGUGGCAAAAGCAGCGGCUGACAUUGAAUAUCCAGCUUAUGGAGUGACAGGUCCAAAUAAGGACGUUUCACCUUCCGGUGAUCAGAGAUUGGCGCAAUCAGCCCAAAUGUACCAUUUCCAACAUCAGAAGCAACAGAUUAUUGCAAUGGAAAAUCGAGUGUCAGCAGCGAAUCGUGAUCCAGGUUCUGUUUCUGAAGCCGAUAGCGAUGAGGAGAAUGGAGAUUAUACUGUUUAUGAAUGUCCGGGUCUAGCACCAACUGGCGAGAUGGAAGUGAAAAAUCCACUAUUCCAUGAUGAUCCAACACCGGCAACGCCUGCAACGCCGGCCCAAGCAAAAAGAGAAGAGGACCAGUAACUUCCAAACGAUCUAAAUCCCAUCCUGGUAUUUAGCUCACUUUUACUUGUCAUAUCGGUGAAUAAAAAAAAAAAUCUUUAUCCUUUUACUGAAUAAUAUAAAAAAUACAAUUUUACCAUUUAUAUGAAAUACAACUUAUAUCGUAAACAUAUUAUUAUAAUUAAAAUCACCAAGCAAAAAAAAAGGACAAUGAAACACGUUAUUUCCCCGCAAAUAUCGCUGUUUCAUUUUGUCGGACUGAUAUGAAGAAUAAUUUUUUACACCUACACAAUUUUUGCAGUAUCAUUACAGAAAAAAAAUGACACUCUGAAUUUUAACGCUGUAUUGCAUAUGAAAGUAAAGAUUGUAAAAGAACAUAUUUCAUUUGAGAUUUGUUAAAUCAAGAAACAAAAAAAAAAAAACUGUGUGAAAUUGAUUUGUAAAUGUCAGUUGGUUGAUGUGUAAACGUACGAUAAUAUUUCUAGCAAAUCCUGCCUCGAAAAAUUGUACCUCAAGAGUAAAAAAAAAAAUGCUAAUCACGCGCUUCUGUGCGUUUCGUCGUGAAAAAAAAAUUUUACAGUGGCAGAUACAUAGGCCUAUAGAGAAAGAAACAAUUAUUAUAAUAUUAAUGACUCUUCAGUCUCUCUCUCGAUGUCUAUGACAUUAUCCCAAAAUCUUUAUCUCUAUAGACCUUUUAGUUUAGUUUACUGUUUACAAUCCUCAAUAAUUUUUACCGUAAGAUUUAAUUUCUAAAAAAAAUAUACCACAACGGCUUUUAUAGUCCCCUCCAUCUUACAAAAACGAGACGAGAAAAGUAUCUUGAAAAUUUUCUACUCUUUCUAUUUUGACACAAUUGUUGCACUCGUAGUGCUUAUUUCGAUUAAUUAUUUAUAAUUCAUUAAUAUUAAUAAUAAUUAUUAUUAAUAUUAGCAAUUAUUAUUAUUAAUAAUAUUAGCA